UUUUCGAUUUUCCCCUUUAUCUAGUACUAAAGUCCAAUUACAGUUUCACUCCAUAAUCUUCGUUAGUUGACAGACAAUAGUGUAGCAAAAUGGAUUAUCGACAAUCAAGUUUUUCAACACCUAGCCAAAAUGCUUACAACAGACAACCAUAUUCAGUUGAACAACAACAAUAUCGUCAAGCACAAGGACCAGUUCCUCAAUUUGAGCAACGACAACAACAAGUAUUGGCACCACAGAUUCAGUACCAGAGGGAGACAGUACGUACUACAGAGAGGUACGUAAUUGAUGACAAACCAGAUUACUCACAAUUAAGAAUUAAAUAUCUGAGUGAAUUUUUGGGUACGUUAUUACUGACUUUCAUGACAUGUUUGGGAAACACACAAAAUGAAUUUCUUCAGGUUGGAAUUACCAGAGGACUAUGUGUUAUGGCUGUUACACAUAUAUUCGGACCGUUCUCUGAGGCUCAUGUUAAUCCAGUGGUGACCACAGCUUCACUUAUACUUGGGAGAAUGCGCCUCUUGGAAGGUCUUUUUUAUAUUGUUGCCCAAAUUCUUGGUGGUAUAUUUGGCCACCUACUUUUACGGAUUCUUGAAACGGACCAAUUACAUAUUGAUACUGAGUUUACAAUGUGUCUAUCUAAAGUUAAUUCAUUGUUCUACGAAUGGCAGGCGUUUUCUAUAGAAAUUAUAUUAUCAUUUAUAAUAGUAAUGGCUUAUUGUGUUAUAUGGGAUCCUAAAAAUGAAAAAAUGAAAAAUAACGCCCCCUUGACUCUUGGCCUCGUAGUUACUGUAUUGAGUUUAAUUGGGCUAAAUAUUUCGAGUAGUUGCAUGAAUCCCGUCAGAGCUGUUACCAUAUACGUAAUAGUUACUGAUGAACAUGCCGAGGACAUUUGGGUGUAUAUAUGUGGUCCCUUAAUUGGAGCUAUUGUGUCAGCAGUAUGCUAUAGAUUUGUUUUCCUGAAAAACCAACCACAAAAUUGAUAAAUAAAUAUGUAAAACUAGU